AUGGCGUCCGGCGAGAACAUUGUCGCCAUGGCCUCAUCCAACUCGUCGCCUGGAGCAAUUCCGCGCACAUCGUCUGCAUCGUCGCCUACCUCGAUCGACCUCACCACCCUCUUUGCCCCUCCCUUCUUCUUCGCUCCCUUCAACCGUCUGCAUGAGCGCAACCUCCUCGUCGCCGAACCUCUCGGCAAAGAUCCUGUGGUCUGGUUUUGCUACGCGAUCCUUCCCACCCUCUGCUUGCUGGUGCAGGCAUACCUGAUCCUCACCCCGGGCACGCGCAAGCACCGCAGGGCGAUGGGCGCCGUGACUGUCGGCGUCAUGUGGGGAGCGUGGACGAGCUGGAGGUUCCAUGAAUUCGAGUUCAAUGCGUUCAACUGUGGCAUCACCAUCGUGUUCAUCCACCUGGCCAUCAAAGCCAUCGAGUGGACGCUGCUGGAGCAUCACCUCGUGGACCCCCGCAUGGCUGCCGGCCGCCCGAAGUUGGUGGCCGCCAUGGACCUGUGUAUGAAUUCGCGUCUGCUGGGUCUGGGUGCCAUGGGCCUGGACACGCUUGCUGGCCCACCCAACGCGACGCUCAAAGCGGUCCACAUCGAGAGGCACCUGCCCAAGCCUUCUGGUCGCCCCACUUCUCGCCUUGGAGCUAUCGCACGCCACAUGGUCUGGGUCAUCGGUUACUACCUGUUUAUGGACGCUCUGCUGGCCACAUUCCGUCGUGUCGGUGGACCGCUCCUCCUCCCCGGGCCCGUCGGCGCCGUCAAAGCCUACUCGUACUCGAGCAGGUUCAUCAUGUUCCCUGGUGUCCUCGACAUUGAGCCUUACCCCUUCCUGGUCGCGUACGCAGUCCAGGCGUGCGUCCCCGGCAUCAUCUGUGGCGGACUGCAGCUCGGAUACCACCUUGCGGCGGUUGUGUGCCUGUCCUCUACGUUCUGGGAGGUCGACUCGUGGGAUGUCGACCUGUUCGAUGGACCGUGGAAGGCCCAGUCGCUCAUCGACCUCUGGGGCAAGCGCUGGCACCAGCUCUUCCGUCACCAGUUCGUCAUCUGCUCCGCAGCGACGCUGUGGCUCCUCCGCCUCCCGAACACUCCCUACCUCCUCUUCCCCCUCACCUUCCUCUUCUCUGGCGCCCUCCAUUCCUUGGGCGAGCUCAACAUGUCCUCCCCCGUUCCGCAACCGUUCAAGCUGGCCGCCUUCUUCGCCCUCACGGGCGUGGCGUGUAUGCUCGAAGUGGUAUUCAAGGCGAUUACUGGCAAGAGGGUCAAGGGAGUGGCUGGGCGAAUUUGGAUGUGGCUCUUCAUGUUUGUGGUGGGCCGCGUUGCGGUGGACGCAUGGCUUGAUGCCGGCGUGGCCGGCUGUCCGCUCUUGCCUCCUGGUGGACCAGGAGAGUAUGUGGCUGAUUGGAUGCUCAAGUACGUUUUUCACGAAAAGUAG